UUCCAGCAGAACCAAGAUGGCGGGGGAAGCAGCGACUCGCUGAAGUUGACUUGUAUGAAACAACAAACACUGGGGCUGAGGUGACGGAGGUGACGGAGGUGACGGAGGUGAGGCAGGUGACGCAGGUGACUCGCUUCUCUUCCGCUAACACCGGUGAGCCUGAAACCACGCACACAUCCCUCGCGCAGUGAACGCUGUGGUGUUUGAGUCGCUGUGCUAGCCUCCGCACCUAGCUGUAGCCUCAUCCCAGUGGGCAGGGGACUGACGUCUGGACGGGGGACCACCACCACCACCACCACCAUCAUCAUCAUCAUCACACGGAUGUGCUCGCGGCACCGCGCCGCUCGAAGAAGACAAGAGGCCGCAGGUGUGCUCACGGACACAGGUGUCUUUCUGGGAUGUCCACAGUAGGUGGCCAGGGGGGUUCAACCCCAACGCCGACCUCCCCACUGCUGAGACGCUACCCAAGCUACAAACUACUCUACACGGGGGCAUGUCCACAUCCAGAGUCCCUGGCACAGCUGCUUGAAAGAGAAGGCUGACCCAGCCACAGGCGGCUGAGGCUGAAAGUUGGACCAGAUCAUUUUGACCUUACUGGUCCUCAGACAUAAAUUUGCUCGCUGCUCCUGAAUCUCCUCAUCCAUUACAUUCCAUAUUUUCUUUGCUUCUUCUGUUUUGUCACCUGAGAGAUUUUUGCUCUAACAGAGCUGGAAGUGUAGAGCGGGUAAUGGAGCUAAUGGCCAUGGUGACCUAGAGUAAAUGGCUCUUCCUCAGCACAGCUUAGUGCCAGUGUCUACAGCUCAGUUACCCUCCUACACUCCCCCCUCCUCACUCGCUCACCUGUACCACACCACACUGCCUGUUUCCUGCUGCUGCUGCUUGCUGUGUAGUUCCACCUCCCCUCUCCAACACCAUGGUCGGUGCAGGCUUGGGUGUGUGGAAACUAAUGCGAGGUGUCCGCCAGCUGGAGCUUCACCGCCUCAUCCUGGCACUAAUCAUCUUCUGCUUACUGUCCAUGGCCUUCCUAGCAUACUAUGUCUCCAACAGCCCCAAAAUCAAGGAGGCUCCCCCUUUGCCCUUUAGUGACUGUGGUGGAGGAGGCGGGAUGCCGCCAGGAGCUAGUACUGGGGCCACUGGGGGAGGGGCAGGUGUUCAGAGGGCACCACUUUUCCUUCCAUUGCACCAAGGCCGACUACGACAGGCGAAGGCGGUGGACAACUCCAGGACAGAGCCUGUGGUACUGGUGUUUGUAGAGAGCAUCUACUCCCAGCUGGGCCAGGAGAUUGUAGCCAUAUUAGAGUCCAGCCGCUUCCACUAUCGGACACAGAUCGCUCCCGGUAAAGGCGACUUGCCCACGCUGACGGAGCAUAACCGUGGACGCUACACACUAAUCAUCUAUGAAAACCUUUUAAAAUAUGUCAAUCUGGACGCGUGGAACCGUGACUUGCUGGAUAAAUACUGUUCAGAAUAUGGAGUUGGUGUCAUUGGCUUCUUCAAAGCGAAUGAAAACUCCCUCCUCAGUGCACAGCUCAAAGGGUUUCCCCUAUUUCUACACUCACACCUCGGACUCAGGGACUACCGCAUCAACCCCAGUGCUCCUCUACUCUACAUCACCAAGCCCAACCAGGUGGAGCAGGGCCCGUUACCAGGAGACGACUGGACCAUUUUUCAGUCCAACCACUCUACUUAUGAACCAGUGCUCCUGGCUAGCACCAAGUCCUCUGAGGCACUGGCACACUUUGGACCCACUCACCUGCGGGCCCUCCAUGCCACAGUGGUCCAGGACUUGGGACUCUACGAUGGAAUUCAAAGAGUUCUCUUUGGAAACAAUCUAAACUACUGGCUUCACAAGCUGGUGUUCGUAGACGCCAUCGCAUAUCUGACAGGGAAGCGACUGUGUUUGUCCUUGGACCGCCACAUCCUGGUGGACGUGGAUGACAUAUUUGUCGGUAAGGAGGGAACCCGCAUGAAGGUGCCAGACGUGGAGGCGUUACUCAACACUCAACACAAACUGAGAGCACUGGUCCCUGACUUCACUUUCAACUUGGGAUUUUCUGGGAAGUUUUAUCACACAGGUACUGAUGAGGAAGAUCGAGGGGACGACAUGCUGCUACAGCACAGGAUGGACUUCUGGUGGUUCCCGCACAUGUGGAGCCACAUGCAGCCUCACCUCUUUCACAAUGUCAGUGUGUUGGCUGAGCAGAUGAGGCUCAACAAGGUCUUUGCUCAGGAGCAUGGUAUCCCCACAGAUAUGGGCUAUGCAGUGGCUCCACACCAUUCUGGUGUUUACCCGGUUCACAGCCAGCUCUACGAGGCCUGGAAAUCCGUGUGGGGCAUUAAGGUGACCAGCACAGAGGAAUACCCCCAUCUGAGGCCAGCCAGAUACCGCCGGGGCUUCAUCCAUAAUGACAUCAAGGUGUUGCCCAGGCAGACAUGUGGUCUGUUCACUCAUACUAUUUUCUAUCAUGAAUAUCCCGGAGGCUCAAAGGAGCUGGACAAGAGCAUCAGAGGAGGAGAAUUGUUCCUCACUGUCCUCCUCAACCCUAUCAGUAUCUUCAUGACUCACCUGUCUAAUUAUGGCAACGACAGACUGGGUCUCUACACAUUUGAGUCUUUGGUGAAGUUUGUCCAGUGUUGGACGAACCUCCGGCUGCAGACGCUGCCCCCGGUCCAGCUUUCUGAAAAAUACUUCCAGAUCUUUCCUGAGGAGAGAGACCCACUCUGGCAGAACCCCUGUCAUGAUAAGAGACACAAAGAUAUCUGGUCUAAAGAAAAGACCUGUGACAGGCUUCCCAAGUUCCUCGUCAUUGGACCACAAAAAACAGGCACUACAGCACUUCAUUCAUUCCUGAGCCUCCACCCAGCAAUCACCAGCUCCUUCCCCAGCCCCAUCACAUUCGAGGAGAUCCAGUUCUUCAGUGGAGCAAAUUACGACAACGGCAUUGACUGGUACAUGGACUUCUUCCCGUUCCCCUCCAACGUCAGCACAGAUUUCAUGUUUGAGAAAAGUGCCAACUACUUUGACACGGAGGCGGCUCCUAAAAGAGCUGCCGCCCUGUUACCCAGAGCCAAAGUCCUGGCCGUGCUCAUCAACCCGUCAGACAGAGCUUACUCCUGGUACCAGCACCAGAGGGCGCACCAGGACCCUGCAGCGCUCAACAACACGUUUCAUGUGGUGGUGACAGCAGGACUCACAGCAUCCAAGGACCUGCUGCUCCUUCAGAGACGCUGCCUUAACCCUGGAGCCUAUGCUGCUCACCUGGAGCGCUGGCUGCAACACUACCAGCCCAAUCAGAUGCACAUCGUGGACGGCGCUCUGCUGCGGACAAACCCAGCGCUGGUGAUGGAUGGAAUCCAGAGGUUUCUUGGUGUCACUCCCGUCUUCAACUACACGCAGGCUCUAAUGUACGACGACAGCAAAGGUUUCUGGUGUCAGCGAGUGGAAGGAGGUCGAGCCAAGUGUCUGGGGAAGAGCAAAGGAAGGAAGUAUCCGGAAAUGAGUCCCGAGUCCCGUGCCGUCCUCACUGACCACUAUCGUGAGCAGAACUUGGAGCUGCUUCACCUGCUGAAUCGUCUGGGUCAGCCUCUGCCAUCCUGGCUCCGCCAAGAACUCCAGAGCAGCAGCUGGAGCUGAGGUCACAAACCCAGACACACACGCACACAC